AAACAACAGGCACAUCCUCACACCCCUCAUUGCUCCUAGUCCCUGGAGAGAGGCAGAACCCCUGCUCCUGGAUGAUGAGGAAAGAAAGAAGGUGGUUGGUAUAACAGACAAUGGUUUGGUUUCCUCCCCCAGAGCUGUCAGAAGGAUGAACUCUCUCCUCGGCCUCUCUGUGCUGCUUGUGUGGGGCUUGUCCCCAGCCCACGGGAACCUCUUGCAGCUGCACCAGAUGAUCUCAAAGGUGACAGGGAAAAAUGCUCUCCUGCAUUACGGCUUCUACGGCUGCUACUGCGGCCUGGGGGGCAAGGGGCAGCCCAAGGACGCCACAGACAGAUGUUGCCAGCUGCACGACAUUUGCUACCAAAGCCUCCAUAUGCACCACUGCGAUGCCAAGACACGGAUCUACCAGUACACCCGCCACCACGGGCGGCUGUCCUGCAGACCUGGCUCCCGGUGCUCCUACUUGUCCUGUGAGUGCGACCGCAGCCUGGCGCUGUGCCUGAGGAGAAACCUCAGCAGCUACAGCAAACACCACCGGUUCUACCCCAACAACCUGUGCUGCCGCUGGGAGCUGCGGUGUGGGGCUGGGAUUGCUCUUCAUCCCUGCUCUGACCACACCAGAGGCAGCGGGAGCGGCCCGUGCCUGGAGGGAAAAUGUGACCGCUUCAGAUGGAAAGGCGGCUGGGAGGCUGCGCUGCGCGGGGAGGGAUGCGCUGGGGCCAGAAGCGGCCCAGGUGAGAGGAAGAUGAAGGUCCUGCUGGUGCUGACGAUGCUGUUUGCCUGCAGUGUGUUCACAGCUCACGGGAAGCACCCACGUGCGUUCACACCAGGACUGGAGGGAAGCACCGUAGGAAACCUGACUGCCCAUGGAUGCUACUCGGGAUUGGGCACCUCGAGGGCUUCAGUGGAUCGGUGCUGCGUGCUCCGAGCCUGCUGCUAUGCCAAGCUGGCAGCGCGGCGCUGCCGCCCGGGACCCGUGCAGCCGCUCGCUGCGGCCCGGCCGGGGAUCCCCACCUGCAGGUCGGGCACGCGGUGCCAGCGAGGCGCCUGCAGGUGCGAGAGGGCGGCGUGGCUGUGCCGGGCUCAGCUCCGCCGGGCUCAGCUCCGCCGCCGCGCCCGCUGCCGGGGGCGAGCCGGGCGCUGCUGAACCAAAACCUCCCUCUGCAAAAGCAUCUCCGGGCUGAGCCGCGAAGGGACGGCGCCGGCAGCGCUUCCCAGCCCUGGCGAGUCUCCUCCUCGGGGCCUUUUGGCUUGGAGCGGAGGCGAGCAGCGCUCCGGUCACGGCGUGAGGAGGGGCAGCGGCGCUGCCGCGAUGCUCCAGCACAGCCGAGCAAGGCAGGAGCGGGCGCUGCCGCUCGUCCCGCUGCGGGCGGGAUGGGGGGCAUCCCCCU